UAAGACUCUGCACAGGAAGUUAAAUUAUGCAUCUUCAGUGACAGUCAAACACAUUUUAAGAAGGACUUUAUGUUAUAGUACAAUAAGUGUCCGUUAUUGAUGCACAUAGUUUAGUAUCAUGUAGCUAACUAUGUCAGUAAGUCUUCCUCGGUUCCUCCUCCGGAUGCAAGCUGACACUCAAAAUGGUGAUUUUCCUGUUUGGUUUCCUAUUUUUAUGAAUGAAGGCGGAGGAGGAGGAGGAGGAGGAGGAGGAGGAGGAGGAGGUCGUGUGAGCUUUUAGUCUGUUCUGGUCUGAACCACCAGGGGGGGGUGGGUAGAGCAACAUGCAGAAAGAACAGCAGAGAGAACAGCCUACAAUCUCUCCCCCUGUUCAGGUCUCCUCUCACAACAUAAAGGCGACGUUCACGGCUUAAAAACUUGCAAUUCAUGGCAUGGAGGAGUCAUUGGGCAGCUGCAGCCCUCUGAUCAGAGCACGGUAGAUCAUGCUCUGAAACAUCAUCGAGCCGAAGCAAAAGCCUCGUCUAUAGCUGCUCGAGUUGUCCUCCUUUUCUCUCUUCUCUGUCCUCUUUUUCUCGGUGAAAUCCGACACAACAUCAGCGUGUUUUGUAUCUAGUUAUUGGGGCUGAUUAUCCUGCUUGUUUUUGCAGUUAAAACAGUGUCAAGAGAGAAGAAAGCAUUCAGACUGCAGCGAUUCAGAUGCCUUCAACUUUGAGCUUGAGGGACAACCCCUAAACUAAACCCCCGUUUUCUACACGAGGAGGACAGACACACAGACAUCUCUCCGUCUCCGUCUUCUUCCACUUCAUAUGAGAAGAAGAAGGACACGUCUCGGUGAAAAGGUGAUCAAGAGACGGAGGCACCAUGGCAGCUACUUUGUCUGCGGAGGAAGAACAGGCUACCAGGCAGUUUCUGGAGGAAAUCAACAAGUGGACCAGUCAGCAUGGAGUGUCGCCGCUGUCCAGGGAAUUGGCCGUCAAGUUCCUCAUGGCUCGCAAGUUUGACGUCCUCCGAGCCAUUGAGCUAUUCCACAGCUACAGGGAAACACGUCUUAAAGAAGGAAUCGUCAGACUUCAGCCUCAGGAAGAACCUCUGCGCUCGGAGCUGCUCAGUGGAAAGUUCACCGUGUUGAGUGUACGGGAUCCUUCGGGGGCCUCCAUUGCCUUGUACACGGCCAAACUUCAUCACCCGAACAAGACAGGCAACCAUGUGGUGCUUCAGGCCCUCUUCUACCUCCUGGAUCGGGCCGUGGAAAGCUUUGAGACCCAGAGGAAUGGCUUGGUGUUCAUCUACGACAUGGCGGGCUCCAACUACACAAACUUUGAGCUGGACCUGAGCAAGAAGAUCCUCAACCUGCUCAAGGGGGCGUUCCCCGCCAGGCUGAAGAAGGUGUUGAUUGUCGGCGCCCCUGUUUGGUUUCGAGUGCCCUACAAUCUGCUCAGCCUGCUUCUCAAGGAGAAACUCAGGGAGAGGGUUCAGAUGGUGAAAAUGGCCGAGCUGCGCCAGCACCUCCCCAGAGACUGUCUCCCCCAGCACCUCGGCGGCCUGCUGCCUCUGGAGUCGUACAGCUGGAACCAGCAGCUGCUGGCGGGGCAGAACGGCCGGGUGGACCCGGUGGACGAGCUGGUGGGCAUUCCAGUGGAAGAUGCUUCCAUUCACAUCCCCGGACCCGAGUCCAUGCGCCCGCAGGAGCUGCUGACGCACCUCGGCAGGCUUCAGCGCACGGGCAUCCAUCUUGAGUACGAGGAGCUCCGCAAAGAGCCGCCGCCCGGAACCUUCCACUGUGCACAAUCAGCUUACAAUCAGGAGAGGAAUCGCUACGGCGACGUACUGUGCCUCGAUCAAACAAGAGUUCGUUUGAAAUCCAGAAGGAACGAGAGAUCAGACUACAUCAAUGCGAGCAACAUGGACGGCUACAAACAGAGGAAUGCAUACAUUGGUACUCAAGGACCAUUGGAAAAGACCUACGGUGAUUUCUGGAGAAUGGUCUGGGAACAAAACGUGCUCAUUAUCGUCAUGACAACCAGGACAGAUGAGGGCAGUCGGAGGAAGUGUGGACAGUAUUGGCCUCUGGAGGAAGGAGGGCAGGAGGUCUAUGGCCACAUGGCAGUGGUUAACCAAAGGGUGGACCACCACACCCACUACAACCACACCACCCUCGAACUGCACAACACUGAGACAUGUGAACAGAGACAAGUGAGUCAUUUCCAGUACCUCAGCUGGCCCGACUACGGCGUUCCCACCUCAGCAGUGACUCUCAUUGACUUCCUGGGAGCUGUGAAGAGACAACAGAGGAAAUUGGUGAAGGGUUUGGGGCUUCAGUGGGCCGGCCACCCACAGGGACCCCCGAUGGUGGUCCACUGCAGUGCAGGGAUUGGGAGAACAGGUACCUUCUGUGCCCUGGACAUCUGUCUGUCCCAGUUACAGGACGUAGGCUCACUAAAUGUUUGCCAGACGGUGCGACGCAUGAGAACACAGAGGGCCUUCAGCAUUCAAACCCCGGACCAGUACUACUUCUGCUACAAUGCCAUUUUGGAGCACGCCCAAAGGCAGGGCCUGCUCCCAGCCAAUCAGUGAGCUUCAGCCCUGACUUCCCCAAAUUAAUCCAUGAGCCCUGAGAUUUCAGUCUGUUAACCCCGAGCUGUGUUGUGUGACCAAUUUGUGAGCCCAGGAAAGUUAACUUCCUCACAGAAGCUGUUUUCUGAAACUAGGCCAUUCUUCAUUGGCAAGCCAGACCAAGACGAGACAGUGACGAGAAAAAGGCUUGAGUGUUGACAUUACGAUGUUUCAAUGUGAUAACAUUCUCGCUUCCAACAAUGUGACAUUUUUGUUUCUGCCGAACAUAUCUCAGACAAUACGUGGCGGCGUGAACAAACCGCUCCCGUGUUGUGCAGUUUAGUGGUCUGUGGUCAGGCACAAUGAGGUAAUGUUCAUUAACCUUUUUGUAUAUUUAUUUGCCACUUUAAACCGAUGGUUUAGGGGACCUUUAAAGGAGUAGUUCACCCCAAAAUAAAAAUUCAAUCAUUAUGCACUCAUCCCAUGUCAGUUAAAACUCCACUAAAGUUUGUAUGACUACAAAACAAUGAAAAUGACUUUUAAUUGCAUUCCAGUCAAAUUAUCCUUAAAUGCUAAAGUUAAAGGAACAGUGUGUAGCUUUUCUGGGGAUCUAUUAGCAGAAAUGUAAUAUAAUAUUCAUAACUAUAUUUUCAUUAGUGUAUAAGCAGCAAGAAUUGUUGUUUUCAUUGGCUUAGAAUGAGUCCUUCAUAUCUACAUAGGGAGCGGGUCCUCUUCACGCAGUGCACUAUGUUGCUCCGCCAUGUUUCUACAGUAGCCCAGAACGGACAAAUCUAGAGAGCCUAAACACGUUUUUACGUUGCCCGAAGGCCACCAUAGCUCUCCGACACGCUUGUGAAACUGCGGUAACAUGAGCCGCAGAGUGCUAAACCGUGGUACCGCCCGCCGCCGUCUGACUUCCGGUGCUCCUAAUGUUAUUAUGGUAUGGAUGGCCUCUGAGCGA